ACGAGGCCGAGGAGGCCAUCCAACGGGAAGAACAGACGACGCGCGAGUCCACCGAUGACGGGGAUGCCAAAGCGGGAUGUCGAGGUGCCAACGCUUGGACGUGCGACGAUCCCGAUACCCUUGAACAAGGACGAGAUGCUCGAGUUACAAAGGGAAUUCAAGAUCCGGGCGAAAAAGUACCGCUCGCUGCACAAACACUGGAAAAAAACGGCGGAAAAGGUAAUGGAGAAAAUCGCCGAGAAAUCCGCAGCGGGGGGCAGCCGCUUGUUAUUUUUCCUCGAAACGGAGGAGUUUGACGUCGGGAGCGACGACGGCAGCAUUGAGUCGAGCGCGGAGGAGGGCGGAUUGGAAAGUAUUGCUUGCGAAAAUUUAAAGCUCUUUUUCAACCUGACGGACGCCGAGGAAGUCACUCCCGCGGAAAACGAUCCCUCGGAAAUAUCGGAGGAGGAAUGA